UGUUUAUUCGUUAGCUAUUAAAUUCUGCUUUAAUAGAAUGUAUUUCUUAAACAAUUUUUUAAUUUUGAUAAACACUUUUAGUGUUUUUAUACAAAAUCUCAACUCCAUUGAAGUUUCUGAAAAUGAUCCAGAACCAUUAGUUUCUAAUGACAAUCCUGAACAGAAUGCGAAAACGGAACGUUAUUUUAUACCGGUGUCGUAUGAAUGGCAACUCACAAAGUGCUACGCAUUUGAAAUAGAUUACACUCAAUCUUGCGUGGAAAAAGAAUGUGAGAAAUAUCUCGGUAAACCGAAAUCAAUUCAAUCUAUACCAGGUGAUGGGAAUUGUUUCUUUAACUCGAUAUCUUACUGGAUAACUGGUACGGCAAAACAUGGAAAAUUCUUCCGUAAAAAAAUAGUGAAAUCAAUGAAAACCUCGGAAAGAUUUAAUUUAUUAAUAAGUGCCGAAGAAAAACUCAAUAAGCACAUUCAAAAAAUGCUAGAUUCCAAAGAGUGGGCUGACUCCCCUGAAAUAUAUGCUGCAGCAGAAUUUUUAAAUACAUCUAUUUAUGUUUAUUCACAAAAUGGAUGGAAUUUUAUAAGUAAAGAUGGAGUAGGAGCUGAAGAGUUAAAAGAACCUUGUAUUUAUAUCCAUCACGUGAACAAUAAUCAUUUUGAAGUUAUAACCGAUGUGCAUGAUAAAGAUAUUUCUGAAGAAAAAAAAAAGAGCGAAAAAAUUAAAAACUCCAAGAAAUCAGAAGAGUCAAAUAAGCCAAGUGAACUUCAAAGUCUAGUGGAACAUAAUACUAACAUUGAAAAUCCACAAUUUAUAACUAAAGAAGAAGAAAAUGUUCCUAGUCCAGAUAGUAUAAAACAUAAUAAAAAAAACUUUCAGCGACUAUUUAUGCCAACCACAAGUGAAUGGCAGAAUGACCAGUGUAGAAAGAUGAAUUUUAUAGUAAUUAAUUAUGUAAAUAAAGAAAUUGUAAAAUUUCUUGGUAAACCAAUUAAGAUCGAAGAAAUUGCUAGAUAUGGAUUAAAUGGAUUAUCUAGUGCAUUGUCUUAUUGUAUAGCUGGAACAACAAGAUAUCGUAAAACAAUUCAAAGAAAUAUAAUUGAAGCCAUAAAAUCGUCAUCUACUUACAAAUUAUUAUCAAAUUCUGAAAAUAUUUUAAAAAAUCGUAUAAAUGAUAUUGAAAAUAAUAUCUGCUCAUCUGUGGAGUGUCCUGAAUUACAAGUGGCAGCUGAAUACUUGAAAACAUCAAUUUUUGUUUAUUAUCAAAGUGGUUGGGAAUUUUAUAGUAAAAAUGGAUUUGGUUGCAAAGAAACAGCCGAACAAUGUAUAUACUUAAAAAUCAAUACAGAUUCAAAUAGUUUUGAUGUCGUAACAGACGUGGAAAAUAAUAUUGAAUAAAAUAAACUUGAAUAUACAGGGUGGCCCACCACUCACUGACAACUUAAAUAACUUUUGAUCCAGUUAAUAUUUUUAGUUGAUUUUUUUUUUAAAUAUUAGUUAGACGUUAGGUCUAUAGCUAUAUCUCAAUAAUUAUUUUUUUUACAUUUUAUUAAAAAUAUUAAUUAUUUUUAAAUUUUAAAUAAAAUGUAAAAAAAAAAUCUAAGAUAGCU